AUGCCUUUGAAAGACACCUGGGUGCUUUGGGAGCAGGCUGUGCCUCCAAAUGAUGGCAAAGGCACAGCCUUCGCCGACUCCGUGAAGGAAGUUGUGCCGUUCAAGACUGCACAGGAAUUCUGGAGCAUUUGGAACGGAGUCCCUCAACCGAGCGAGCUUCUGGAAAAUAAGCGCAUCACAAGAGAGACUGGGGGCACCGUUGCGGCCAUCGAUGCCAUCAUGAUCUUCAAGAAAGGGGUUCGACCAGAGUGGGAGGAUCCCCUAAAUGCGACCGGCGGGCACUUCCAGGUGCAGCUGAAGGCAAACAUUGGAGGCUUGCAGAUAGAUGAGUACUGGAACAACAUUGUUCUGGGCAUGGCUGCGUCCUGA